GAGGCCGCGCUGCCGCCCCACGCGGAACCCGAGGCUCAGACCGGUCGGCGUCCUGACUCGAGUUGAACCCGAGGCCGAACCGGCCGCUGCGCAGUCGACGCCAACCGAGGGACGCGCGCCCCCGCAGCGGGCACCAUGGGAGCUGCCCACUCCGCGUCCGAGGAGGUGCGGGAGCUCGUGGGCAAGACCGGCUUCUCAUCAGACCAGAUAGAGCAGCUCCACCGGAGGUUUAAGCAGCUGAGCGGAGACCAGCCCACCAUUCGCAAGGAGAACUUCAACAACGUCCCCGACCUGGAGCUCAACCCGAUCCGAUCCAAAAUCGUCCGUGCCUUCUUUGACAACAGGAACCUGCGGAAGGGGCCCAGCGGCCUGGCCGACGAGAUCAGCUUCGAGGACUUUCUGACCAUCAUGGCGUACUUCCGGCCCAUCGACAUCGCCAUGGACGAGGAGCAGGUGCAGCUGUGCCGGAAGGAGAAGCUGCGAUUUCUGUUCCACAUGUACGACUCGGACAGUGACGGCCGCAUCACCCUGGAAGAAUAUCGAAAUGUGGUGGAGGAGCUGCUGUCCGGAAACCCGCACAUCGAGAAGGAGUCGGCCCGCUCCAUCGCCGACGGGGCCAUGAUGGAGGCGGCCAGUGUCUGUGUGGGGCAGAUGGAGCCCGAUCAGGUGUACGAGGGCAUCACCUUCGACGACUUCCUGAAGAUCUGGCAGGGGAUUGACAUCGAGACCAAGAUGCACGUCCGCUUCCUUAACAUGGAAACCAUGGCCCUCUGCCACUGACCGCCGCCUCCCGCGGAGCGCACCCUCGGCCGGGCGGCCUCCCCUCGGGCCGGCAGCGAGCGAGCGGGGCCGCAGCUUGUACAUAGUCAACCCCCUCCCUCCGCUCUUCCCGUUCCCCAGUACAGGGCAUGGUGUGUGGGCUUUUACGGUUUUUAUCGCUAAUAAAAAAGGAACAGGGUUUCUUAACAAACGUGGCUCUGUCUGUCCCUCGUGGCCGCACCCGUGGCCUGGCCGCUUGGUGGCCUGAGCCCAGUCCGAGGGACAGGCGGCCUCCAACCCUGUUCCAUGGCCGGCCUGGAAGAGGGGAUUUUUGUUCUCCUUUUCGGGUUUAUUUCGGUCAAGCGUCUGCUGUUCUCCCUGAGGAAGGGCUGGGAAUGAAGUCACCUGCCUUCCAAAGUCCAGGAGCGGCUCCUUGCUCCCCGGGGUGAGGGCUGGGUCGGGGGGCCUCCGCAGGGUCUCGGCCACGCAGCUGCAGCGACCCCUGCUGGCCUCGUGGUGCAGGGGCCUGGUGUUCGAGGCCUGGUGGCCGACUCCAGGGUCAGGCUGGGGAUCUAGGGCCCUUCCCGGCCAGCGGGCUGCCGGAUGCAGGGCUCUGCACCCAGGACACGGCCCCCAGCGCCAGUGGAAGCAGUGUAGACGGGCACGGUGGCAGAGGUGGCCCACCGCCCCAGGUAGGCAUCUCUCAAUGCUGUCACCUGAUGGGGGGGUGGGACAGUGGGUGGGGACAAGGAAGCAAAGGCGGUUCGUUUCAGUUGGUGGCUGUGGCUUGCGAGUCAGCAGGGGGCUGGCACGUGUCACACUUGUCUAGCUGGCAGUUGGCACUGAUGACCUGCCGCCUCUCCGGGCCACUGUUUGCAUUCCAGGCAUCGCCCUGGUUGUCACGUGAACGAUAUGCCCGGUCCCUUUAUUGCCAUGCGCUGGGAGGCGCGGUUCUAGCCUUCUAAGGAAGUUCUCCUGGGAACUGGCCACUGCCGUCACUUGCGUGCUCCAAUUUUUAAUUCACGGUUUUGAUGUUGCGCAUGCUUCACGGCACGGCGUUGUGCCCGGCACUGGGGCUCUGACUUGAGGUGCAGGAAACGUUGUUUAGGGUGAAGUUAAUGCCGCAUUCACAUUAAAGCCCAAACAGCAGCAGGGUGAGUUAAAGAACGGGGGACGGACCGGGCGGGUGAGGAGGUGGCGGGCUUCACCAGGCAGACGCGGCCUCGGCUCUCCCGAUGCUGGCAGGGGCGUGGUCAGGCCGCUGGCCCCACCUGCAGGGAAGCAGUGGGACGUCUGAAGUCGCUUUCAGAGCCCUGCACCCUGGACUAGCACUCAACACAGCAAAUGCUGGGCGUUCGGAGCCGUAGGUCAGCGGCCAAGGCCGCCGCUGACGGCCCUCCAGGGGCCACGGUCUGGUGGGAAAGACCAACUCUGGAAGCCAGGGAGCGGCCAGCAGGGCAGUUUCUGGGGGUGGGAGGGAGGGGACAUGAGCUUGCUCCCCGCUCCCCUGCCUUCCCGUCUUGCUCAUGCCCUUGGGUUUCCAGGCUGCCGGCAGGAGGAAUUGAGAUCAAGUCCCUGGACAGCCUGGGGCGGGGGAUCAGUACUAGUCAGCUUUGUCCAGAGCAUGUCUCCCCCCACCCUGCGUGCCUCGACCUGCCCUGCCCUGCACGAGUGAGGUGGGCCCCCAUGUCACCCAGCAGCUGGGUCAUGGCCACGGCAGGCCUGCGUGUGCUGGGGCGUUCCCCGUUUGCUUCAGUGUGUUCUUCUCAGCACUGAUGUCAAGUGUUUUGUAAACAGUAACCCUCCCAUCAGCCCUGUGCCUGAGCCUUUUCACUCAUUCAGACCGCAGGGGACGGCCCGAUGUCUCCAAGGCUCUGGGCCACCACUCACCUCAAACAGCUACUUCAAGUGGGAUUUACCCCCUGGGAGCCCAGGCCAGGCCACACAAAGGGCGGCUGGUUUGUUCAGCCCCUGAGGGUGGCCCCUGACUGGCAGGUCAGGGCUCACCCCAGAGCGUGGGCUGCCGAGUGCACCCGGGCCCUCCCGCCUGGCCCAGGGUGUGGGGUCCGUGCUGCCAGGCUUUCAUUUGUUCAGGGAGUAAUCAGAGCUGGCUCUUAGUUGGUAUAAACCUCCUAGAAAGGGUAGGUGACCUCCCCACAGUCUAGUGGGGCUGUUGGCCCCCAAUGAACAAACUGGGGGCGGCUGCUGGGGGCGCAGGUCUCAAGGUGGCCAUCAGGCAGCAUGGCAUGUGCUGAGGACAGAGGCAGGUGACCUGGAAACGGCUCCUCUUACCUGAGGGACCAGCGUGUGCAGCGGGGGUCCGGGGAGGGCUUCUGGCUGCAAGGACCCAGAGCAAGUCCCUGGUGGGCCAUCUCACCGAAGCAGCCGGAAGUAAGUGAUAUUUGCUCUUAAAUGGGCAGUGAUAAGUCAGAUGCAUUUGUUGGCAGCCUUCCCUCUAUCAGGAAUUAUAUCAGUGACUACAAGGAAAUAGGCAGAAAUCAAUGCAGUCAAAUAUUUGAAGGAGGCUGGUAAGUCAGUGCUCUGAGGGCGCCGGGCUGCGGGGGGGAGAAGGCGGGUGGGGACAGUGUCCAGGUGGUGCGGUGAGGUCAUCUCCCUCCGCGUGUGCUCCCCACCCAGGAGCGUGGCGGACAGCAGGCUCUUGUCCACACUGCCCGGUCACCACGGGGAGGGUGGGGGGAACCCCGCUUUUGGACAGACACGGCCCUCUGAGACGAACAGAGCGAUCUGGUGGGGGCUCGAAAGGGCUGUGUAAUGGGAAUCCGACACGGGAAGCUCGGGGGGACGGCCCUCGGCCACGUUCAUCAUGAAUUAUGGAUGAGGAGGCCGGGUGAGGUUGCAGCAGCUUCCAGUUUGGGCCAAGCACCCUCUCUGGGAACAAAUUAUUGCUGGGCUUCAACAAAACAAUUCCAUUAUCUUCAGAUCCAAGGGACUGGAAAGUUCUUUUUGUGCCCUGCUAAUGGGAGACAGGUCACAUAUGGAUCCAGUCUGUCACCGAGUGGUUCAACUUGUCCCCACCGGGCCGGGCCGAGCCGACAAGGCUGCAGCUAAGCCGUGCCUUGGUGAACGGUGCAGUGACUUACGUGGGCUGCUGCAGAGUUAAAAAUACAAGUUGACUUGGCAAGGGUUCUGCAAACACCUGCUCUGCAAGCUGUCCGCCCACACGGUGACCUUGGGGAAGCCUUGGAGGCCUGAGGGGGGGAGCCGGGCUUGAAACCACACUUCCCAGGCAUCAGAGCCGCCUCUGUCUCCACGCUGUCCCAGAGUCCACGCUGUCCCAGAGCCCUGACCAAGGGCUGGCAGGGUCGGGGUGGGGGAGGGGGCUCACCGGCUGCUGUGCAGCCCUGACCUGCCCGCUGACCAAGCCUGCAGGGGACCAGCUUCUGGUCUGACCCUGAGUGUGGUUCGUGGGCAGCAGUGUGGUCAAGGGGUGUGAGGUCAAGAGGUCAACAGUAGUCCACUGCCAUCUCCAAGUUAGAGAAACGACAAGACAGCGUCUGUCCUACCCCUGACGAGGGGAGAGCAGACACGACCUGACAGGCUCAGUUCUGGGGGUGGGGGCAGCUCCCCCCACCUCCCCAGGGAAGGAGAAGGUUCCUGGUGCCAAGCCAUUGAAAGCUGCUGCUGGAAGAGCAGGGUCAGCAUCAGAGGCCAACAGUGGGCGGCGCCCAGCAGGAGAGCCUGCAGUCGCAGCUCAGAGGCAGCCCCGUCCGGACCGCCGCGGGCCCUGCAGCGGAGCCAGAGCCGACAAGACGUGUUAUGAACCAGAAAGUGAAACCCGUACAACGUUCUGAGACAAGACACAGAGCUCUGGUGUGCAGUCCCCCUGCCCCGCCCUGUGGCACAUCUGAGUCUCUUCCGUGGGCAGGGGGACAGUGGGGGAAGAGCUGGAGAAGCAGACGAGGACAGGAGAGGCCUCCGCUGCCAACUCAGAACCCGGGAGGCAGCGGUGCGGAGAAAGGCGAGUGCAACUGUGACAGAGCUGUCUCUUCAAAGAAAACCCAUGUGCCCAGUGGUCUCGCUGCAUGGAAAACCACGAGAUGGGAAAACCUAAACGCUUCCCUCGCUGACCGCAGGCUGGCUGCUCUCUGGGCGGGGGUGCAGCUCCGUGUCCGGCGCCACCGCCCGAAGCAGCCUGGAGACACUUGCAGAGCCUUCAUGGCCCGGAGGUCCCAGACCCAGGAACGGCACACACAUCCCGAUGCUGUGCGCCCAGGUGCCCUUUCUUCUUGAUCAAGAGUUGUGUGUGUUGUCUUUCCAAAACUGGUUAUAUGAAACUUGACUUGGUUUUCUGUUUCCUUAACGUGUUUUUGCUAUCUAAGGCCUGCCUCCUACUUUCUGCGGGACACUGGGACUCUCCUGAGCUCUCUGAGGUGACAGCUUCCAUAGAGGCAGGUGCACCUUCUCCCAGUCCUGCUCUGACCUCGUCCCCGAUCUGCAACUGCUCCCCUUGUGCCCCAGGUCUGGAGAGUUCACGCUUUUCCAUUUUGAUUUCCUUCUUUAAAAUCGAGUUCAUUCUGCAGUGUUGGGAAUUGGCACGGAUGUUUUUAUCUUUUCGCUUUUUGUCAGUUGCGGUUUCACUGCAUCCGGGUAGGAGGUUGCUGACCAGGGCCUGCGCGGGACCAGUCCUCACGCACUGAGACUUUCUUGGUGGGCUUCCUCGUGGCCAUUUCCUGUGCACAGUGUGUGGAUACUUGACAAGGUCUCAAAAUGCCACGUGCAUUUGUUGGAGCAACUGGUAAGUUGUACGAAUGCUUAAGUGUUCCCACUGCUCUGCUGCUCACCCUCUAGGGGAAUGUACUGUGUUCCUUUGUGGGUCUGUUUUCUGCUUUGAUAUUUUGAAGGCUUAUUAGGUGGUGGUGGCUACGCACAGUGUAAAGCAAGAGCAGUGGGGUGGUGUGCCCGUGACCCUCUGGAAGCGGCAGCUGCCACACCAAACAGCCCUCUGGUGUUGGUUUUAGCUCGGUGGUUGGACAGCUCUGCCUGGUUUCACUCUGGCUCCUCCGCAGACUCACCUUACACCUGCUUGGAGGAGGCUGCUCUGUGGAUGAUGACGUAGAAGACACCUGCUCCGCAUCAGGUGCGGCGGACACAGCAGGAAAGGCCAGCGUGAGGUCGUAGCCACAGCCCACUGUGGUGUCGCAGGAUGGACGGCAGAGGGGCAGCGAGCUCUGCAAGGCCAGCUGGUCCACCGAGAACUGUGCGUCUGUAUCCGGCUGUGCCGGAGGGUACACCCGGCAGGGAGCGCUGCGGCUCGGUGGGGCUCCGCCACUAACAUCGAACCUCAAGGUCUUCCCCGCACGGCUCCGUGCGGCCGGGCCCACUGACCUCCUGUGCGUGGUGAAGUUGUCCAGGUCGGCGCUGCGCACCACCCUCUCGUCGGGCACGUUGGCUGUGAUGAGGCUGUGGCUGUUGAAGGCGAUGUGACGGACGGGGUGCCUGGAACACAGAAAAGGAUUCGCAGUGAGCUACCUGUAGACGCUCUGAGUGAUGCAGCCGAAUGCCACGCGGGCUGGCCCGUGAGGGUGCAGCGCACAGGCCACGCAGCGACAGGAGACACAAACGCUACCCCGGCACAGUGCACGGACGGCUCAAGUGCGACCUGGCGUCUGCGGGGUCGGCGGGUGCACACAGAACAGACUGACCUGUUCAGAAGCUUCAGACAGACCACAAAGUGAAACCCGAUUAUUCGCUACACAAAGGCAUGUCUACAGGUGACAUGGACCUAAUGUUUAAAUUUGGUUUCUUUGGUCAUUAUCAUCUAUUCAGGUUUCCUUUUGAAUCUUUCCUUCGAAUGUCCAAAUUUGCAGGUUUAGAUGAAUAAAUGACUUUCUGGGAAAAUGACUUACCCCCCAGAGAGAGAAAAACCCAAAUAGAUUAAGUGGCAAAGAGCAAACCAGGACAGCUGUCAGGGAGCACCUGGCGCAGCCUGGAAGGAGCAGCCACGCUGGAGCAGGGCAGCGCGUCCGGCCCCUCCCACCAGCAUCCUGCCCCCAGAGCGACCAUGAGGGCGGGGAGAGUGGCGGCAACCAUCCUGCCCCGCGGCUGGGACCCAGACACAAGGACAACUGAGAGCACCAGCAGCAGGGCCCCUCCGGCAUGUCCAUCAGUGCGAUGCACCAGGUCACUGUAACAGUGAGAGGACACACACAGUCAUCUCCAUGGGUGCUGAGACAAAACUAGACGAAAUAUAACAUGUUUCUAAUAAAAAGUCUUUUAAAAACA